UCAAUCAAUGGUCGCGUCUGUCAUUUUACAUUAAGAAAUCUUGUAACUAAAAUUGAUAGUGGACCGAAGAAAUUACGCAUGGUGUCAUUUUACAUUAAGAAAUUACAAAUAUAUGGGCCUAGGCCCAUUAAGUUUCCGCUUUAGAUUCAAGUGAACAAAAUCCCUAAACUUCCCAGUUCCGGCAGUUUUUGUUUUUUUUUUUAUCAAGGGCGAUUUCGAACUGCCGAUGUCGUUCCCAGCCAGAUCUUCCGUCGACAGGAAUGGCGAAGAGCCACCGGUUAAGAAGAAGAAGACCUCUCAGGUACUCCCACAAACGCCGCAAUUGUACCCGAUUCUACCACUUCCCGAUGAUUUGGUAUUGAGCUGCCUAGCACGCGUCUCGAGAUCGUAUUAUCCAACUCUCUCCCUCGUCAACAAGAGUUUCCGCUCGCUUCUUGCUUCUCCGGAGCUUUACGAGACUCGGUCAAUCUUAGGUCGCACGGAGAGCUGUCUCUAUGUGUGCUUAAGGCUCCCUCCUGACUUUAACACAAGUUGGUUCAUUCUCUGCCGGAGACCGAAUCGCACCCAGAAGAAGAAGAAGAAGAAUUCAAAUGGAAGUCUUUUGAUCCCAAUCCCAUCUCUGCAAUCUCCUCCUGCGCACUCGUCCGGUCUCGUGGCGGUUGGUUCCAAUAUCUACAACAUUGGUGGUGGACCCAUGGAGGAUACGCCUUCGUCUACCGUCUCAGUCUUGGACUGCAAGUCUCACGCGUGGUGCGAGGCUCCAAACAUGCUGGUGGAGCGGAAACAUCCAGCUUCCAAUGUUGUUGAUGGAAAGAUAUAUGUAGCAGGAGGAUGUGAAGAGUGCAAUUCCUCCAAUUGGAUGGAGGUUUUCGAUUCAAAAACCCAAACUUGGGAGCUUGUGUCUUGCCCUCUUGCAGAGCAAUGCGAAAGUCGUAUAGACAAGAGUGCAGUAGUUGAAGGAGAGAUAUUCAUGCUUGGGGAUAAGGGUGUGGCUUACAAGCCAAACGAAGAUAGAUGGGAAGCGAUAGGACCCCUGAGUGAUUUUGAUUUGGGAUGGGGAUGGCUUUCUUAUUCCGUGAUAGAUAAUGUACUAUUUUGUUAUAGGAAUCUAGAUGGAAUCACAUGGUACGACUCUAAGAUAGGAAACUGGUUAAAUUUGAAGGGUUUGAAAGGACUACCUAAGUUUGCUGAUUAUAGUCGUGUUAAAUUGGCGGAUCAUGGUGGAAAGAUGGCUAUUUUGUGGGACAAGUAUGUUCCUUCUAGUGGCUAUGAGAACAAGAUGAUUUGGUGUGCGGUGAUUGCGCUUGAAAGGCACAACAGUCAAGAGAUUUGGGGGAGGGUUGAGUGGCUUGAUGCUGUGCUUACUGUCCCUAAGACUUAUAAAUUUGUGUGCGCUCUUUCUGUUACUGUUUGAUGAAUUGACUCAGUUGUGAAUCUUGCUUGGCGCAGGUAGAAGAUUAGUUUUAGGUUGCAUCGGGCAGCAAAUGCUUAAAGCUUAGCAAUAUUUCGUGCUGUGAGACGACUAUAACCAAAUUUCGUACUAGUUUCUGCUUUGGUUUUAAGAAAGGGUUCUCUUUACAUUCUUAGGAAGAAGUGUUAGAGGAUGAUGUACUAUUGAAGAGAGUUUGGUUGUGUAGUUCACAGAACUCUUUGUAAUUUGCAAAGCCGUUGCUUGCUUAAAUGAUUAUGACUUUUGGUGUUUUUAUUUACUA